UCUCAGGUGGCGUGUGUGUUGCCAUGGCGACGGGGCGUGUCCGUUCCUCUCGCAAGUUGAAGCAGUGGAUUAUGGAUCAGCUGCUGAGCGAGCAGUACCCCGGGCUGGUCUGGGACGACCCGGACAGAACCAUGUUCAGAAUCCCAUGGAAACAUGCGGGAAAACAGGACUUCAGAUCCGACGAGGACGCGGCCAUCUUCAAGGCCUGGGCGGUCUUCAAGGGGAAGCUGAGGGCGGGGGACAAGGAAGACCCCCCCACCUGGAAGACUCGCCUGCGCUGCGCCUUGAACAAGAGCUCAGAAUUCGAGGAGGUCCCGGGACGAUCCCAGCUGGACAUCUCCGAACCUUACAAAGUGUAUCGGAUUGUGCCACUGUCAGAACAGGGCAACAACACAGGGGCAGUGCACCGGGACUCCAGAGGGAGAGAGAGAGAGAGGGGGAUGAAGAGGAGGAGAGUGAAGAGCGAGUCGCAGACUGGAACAGACUGUGCUGAGAUUGGCCCAGGGAAACCCGUCAGAGAGGAGUCCGCCCCCACCGGGUUCCCGCUCCCUCCUCCUCCUCCCUCCCUCUCCCUCUCAGCUCUCCCAUCGAUGCUCAUCACCGUUUUCUACUCCGGUCUGGAAGUGUCCCAGAGGAGGAUCAUGGGAAAGGAUGUGAGGAUUGCGUCACGCCUCCCAGCCAGAGGCCACGCCCCCAGCCCCGCCUCCUCCGUGGAGAAGGUGUGGUUUCCCUCGGCGGCCAGCCUCUCGGACCCGGUCAGGAGCCAGGCUCUGUCCAGGCUCCUCCCCUUCCUGGAGCGAGGCGUCCUGCUGGCCAGCCGACCCCAGGGGCUCUUCAUUCAGAGGUUGUGCCAGGGCCGGGUGUUCUGGAGCGGACCCGGGGCACCACACCACGACCGGCCAAACAAACUGGACAGGCAGGAGACGCUGGUGCAGCUGUUCGACUCGAAGCAGUUCAGCCGCAACCUGGAGGUGUACCGCGUGUCGGGGGGGCAGCCGCCCCAGUUCAAAGUGACCCUCUGCUUUGGAGAAGAAUUCCCUGACAACGACCCUGUGACUGACAAACUCAUCACAGUACAGGUGGAGCUACCGAGGGCUCGACAGCAGCUGGAGGAAGUGACAUCAUUCCGAGAGUCUGUGGCCCUCCUCCAAGACCUGGCCAGCCAGUCGCCGCUGGGGGAGGUGACCCUUAACCUCUACGGAAUCUCCUAAGCAGCCCCCCCCCCUCCCCUCCCCCGUGUCUGUGUGUUUCUCUACUUGCACUGGUUUCCCUACCCUCUUGCGAAGCAUGUCAGUCAACCGGGGAGGCAGCAGCCGACUGGCUAAGGAAAGAAAAGGGGGUGGGACAAGAAGGCACUUUACUGUUCAGAGAAAAUAGUUCAUUUGAAGCAAUAAGGACACCCACUGAAGGAAACAUGUUCACUGAUAAUGUGUGACGGUUGGGAGUCACUAAUAUUGCAGUGAAUUAGCGUUCUUAAGUAAAGUGAGGAAUGCAUUUUUUUAAA